AUAGGCUUUGCAGACUUUUUAGGCAGAGUGUCUCGAGUCACUUCUACACCGUCCAUCCUCGCGCUAGAAGCACGGAGCGGCAGCUAUUUUGCUACGAAUAACAUCGUCUUGCAGUAAUGGGUAACUGCUUAUGUCGACGUCGGGAUGUCGGCCCGUCGGAAUACCGAAAGAUCACCCUCGACGACUUUCAGAUACAAAGGGCUAUCGGCAAAGGUGCCUUUGGAAAGGUAUCGGUGGUCCAAAAGCGAAAAGGCGGCGAGCUGUAUGCGCUCAAGUACAUCAACAAAGAAAAAUGCAUUGCUGAAAAAGCAAUACAUCAUGUUGUGCAGGAACGCAACAUUCUCGAAGAUCUCAAGCAUCCGUUUAUAUGCAGUCUUCGAUACUCAUUUCAGGAUACCGAGAACAUGUACAUGGCGCUAGAUCUGAUGACUGGAGGGGAUCUCCGAUUCCAUAUGACGAAAGCGUUCAAAGAACCUGCAGCGAGAUUUAUUCUGGCCGAGGUGUCUGCAGCACUCGAGUACUUGCACUCGUUACAAAUUGUGCAUAGAGAUAUAAAACCAGAUAACAUCCUAUUGGACAGCGACGGACACGCAUGUCUCACGGAUUUCAAUAUAGCUGUCAAGCUGCGGCCCGAAAAACCGCUCAAGUCCGUCGCCGGGACCGAGCCAUAUAUGGCGCCAGAACUUCUCCUGGGUGGCGGGUAUGGCGCUUCGGUCGAUUGGUGGUCACUAGGCGUGAUGGCAUACGAGAUGCUCCUCGGGGAGCGCCCGUUCCGCGGAAAGAACAAACGAGAAAUCAUCAAACGAGGGGAAUGGAAGUUCCCAAAACCACCUACUCCAGAAGUAGACGCAUUGACCAGUGCCGAAGGGGCGAAAGGCACCGGUACGGGGACCGCUAGCAAGGAUAGCAAAAAGAAAAUAAAGGAUACCCGUCGACGAUACCCCGUGAUCUCCGACAAGUCGAGAAGCUUCAUCUCAGGGCUGAUGACCAUGGACGUAAAGAAGCGGCUCGGCUUCGGUGAGGAGGCGCCGUGUCCUCUGCGUAAUCACGAGUUCUUCUCAGGGAUAGUAUGGGAUAAGCUUAUGAGAAAGGAGGUCGCGCCAGUCUUUCUGCCACCUAAAAACAAGUCCAACUUCGACGCUCAACAUGACCUCGAAGAGCUGCUACUGAACGAUAACCCUUUGGGUACGAAGCCAUCCAAAGCGAAACAGAAGAUGGAGAAGUGGUCGAUGAGCCCAGAAAUGAUGCUGAUUGAGAGGCAGUUCCUGUAUUUUGACUGGUCUUGCCCCGACUUCGUCGACUCUCAAGCAACACACGAUCCGCUCAGUGGCGACAUGGACCUCAGUAAAGCAGUAAUGACCAAUAGUUCAUUCAGCAGCCAAAUAUCCAAAUCCUCCGGCAUGUUGUCCCGCUCAGACACCGGCACAUGUAACACGACAGACAAGCUCGCGGCAUCAUCACCCAUUCCCGCGAAUACCCAUCCACCCAUGGCCUUCCGGCGAGCAAUGUCAAGCGCAGAUGAUCCUCUUUUACGGAUACCAAAUAUGAGACCUGCACAUCCGGCGGCGGCCGAAUCAUCCUCCGCGCCGCAUUCGCCGACCGGGGGCCAGACGGCCCAAUGUCAUAUACCGUCGCCGCUAGGGAAUGGAAGUCCACCGCCGGUGGUUGAGAGACUUUUAGAUGAUACGGCUGCUGCACUGAAUAUGAGAGUUGACCGAUAGCGGCCGCUUCUCUGUUGGAAACAAACAUUCCGAAGCGGGACCCAAUGGGCAUUCCAUCCACCUACAAAUAGGUCUGAAUGAAACUCAACGAACGAACGGACUUUCCGCAGGCCAGGAAUCUGAUCAUCCAAAGCGUCAUCCCUUAGGCUCCAGGGGAUCAUUGUGUAUUACUUGUUCGGUGGUCGAGUGUGUGGAGCGAUCAUCAGUUUUUUUGUAUUAUAGCAGUACUUUUGGAUUUAGACAUUAUUUCUUUCUUUCCUGUCGUUGGCGGACUUCUUCAUGCAAUAGAGAAUUCGAUAUU